AUGGGCUUAAUGUUUGAAGCACCACCUAAUGGAAAUGAGAUUCCAGCACAGUCAUGUAAUGUAAAUUCUACUCCCCUAGAACCUGUAAUUCUAACAAGGGAGAUGGAAAUUAGACGAGAUGCAGUUGGAAAUGACCAUGUCAAUCAUGGGACUGGCGCUGCUGUUCCAUUGGAUGCGAUGACAAUGGCCGAUGCUUAUAUUCCACUGAUUCCAGGCAGUUUCCCUGGCUUGACUCCAGAGGUUCAUGUGGAAUCUCCUCAAAUCGAUGCCUCCAUGGAAACAAUGCCUCGUAGCACCGCACCAAUUCCACAUGAUACAGUACUCCUGAAUGACCGCCAUGAUCCGUCUGGUGUAGCAGAUGUUUUAGAGAGAAACUCCAUCAAUGAAAAAUUUGUCCCGGUACCUGUGAGAACACCAUUUCACUUCAAAGGUAAGGAAGCAACCAUAUUAGCAGGUUCCAAAAGGAAAGCAAAUGCACCCCCGCCAAUUCCUCGAUUGAAUAAAAAGAAGCAAAAAACAGGAGGAGCAGAGCAUGAUGUUGUAGAUGCGAUAACUCCACCAGCAACCCCAUCACCUGUUGUGAUUUUUGCUGGAGUUGCUCCUCAUGGAACUAAAAGAAGACAGUACAAACAACCAGAUGAUAAGCAGACCACGGUAAAAAGACAAAGAAUAGAUUCUUCUAUACCCGAACGAGAGGAAGUAGAGGAAAUUAGAUUAACAUCCCCUGAAGAAGUUGAAAAACAUAUACGAGCCAAAAAUAGGAGAAAAGUCAAUUUUGCACCAGCACCUCCGAAUGUUGCUGUCAAUCCUCCAAUGUUAGUUCCACUAACCGCAGACUUGGGAAGCGAAGUAUGUCCUCUCACUCAUCUAAGAGGACAACGUGAAGUGGAAUAUGUUGUCCCUGCACAAACACAAUCGACACUGCAUGUGGAACCUACGGUUCGAAGUAGAAGAAGAAAAGGUGCAGAGGAUGUCACACUUCCACCGAGGAAGAAACAGAGGAUAGCAUAA